AUGUCCCUUAGGGCAUGGUGGGUGGCCCUGCCUGCACUGUUCCUGCUGGCCUGGCCCGCACAGGGCAAGCCACUGCAGAGCUGGGAGCCGCCAUCAUCCACGUCCCCCCACAGCUUGCAGGGGGAGACCAGGGACGGGCAACAGGAAGGCAUCUUCAACCUGAAGAUGUUUCUAGAGAAUAUGAAGGUGGAUUUUCUGCGCAGCCUAAACCUAAGUGGGGUUCCUUCCCAGGACAAAACCAGAGUGGAGCCACCCCAAUACAUGAUCGACUUGUACAACAGGUACACCAGCGACAAGUCCUCCACCCCGGCCUCCAACAUCGUCAGGAGCUUCAGUGUGGAAGACGCUGUCUCUACAGCUGCCACAGAGGACUUCCCCUUCCAGAAACACAUACUGCUCUUCAACAUCUCCAUCCCCAGGCACGAGCAGAUCACCAGGGCCGAGCUCCGUCUCUACGUCUCCUGUCAGAACCACGUGGACCCUUCUCACCGGCUGGAAGGAAACAUGGUCAUUUAUGACGUCCUGGAUGGAGAAGACUCCUGGGAGGAUGCCGAGUCCAAGACCUUCCUACUCUCCCAGGAUAUUCGGGAUGAGGGCUGGGAGACAUUGGAAGUUUCCAGUGCCGUAAAGCGUUGGGUCAGAGCAGAUUCCACCACAAGCAAAAAUAAGCUCGAAGUGACCGUGCAGAGCCACCGAAAGGCCUGUGACACGCUGGACAUCAGUGUCCCUCCAGGUUCAAAAAAUCUACCCUUUUUUGUGGUCUUCUCCAAUGACCGCAGCAAUGGGACCAGGGAGACCCGGCUGGAGCUCAGGGAGAUGAUCGGCCAUGAGCAAGAGACAGUGCUGAGGAAGACAUCCAAGAACAGCUAUGGUGAGGCAGGUGAGAGCCACGAGCAGGAAGAAGAGGAAGGCAUGGUGUCGUCUUUAGCCAGACGGAAGCGGAGCACGGCAGUGGGAAGCCACUGUCAGAAGACUUCCUUGCGUGUGAACUUCGAGGACAUUGGCUGGGACAGCUGGAUCAUUGCCCCCAAGGAGUACGACGCCUAUGAAUGCAAAGGUGGUUGCUUCUUCCCACUGGCUGAUGAUGUGACGCCAACAAAACACGCCAUCGUGCAGACCCUGGUGCACCUGAAGUUCCCCACCAAAGUGGGCAAAGCUUGCUGUGUGCCUACCAAACUGAGUCCCAUCUCCAUCCUCUACAAGGACGACAUGGGGGUGCCCACCCUCAAGUACCACUAUGAGGGGAUGAGUGUGGCAGAAUGUGGGUGCAGGUAG